AUGUCAUUGAUGUACCCGUACGUUCUCCACUCUAAUGUGCGCAGUAAUGUGAACUUCCUGAGGUCCGAGGUGGUUCCUGUCAUGCUUGGCAUCCAGGAACUGGGUGGCAUAGACGUAACAUCAAAGGAAGGGUUAUUCCUGCUACUUGGCAGGCAGCAGCAGUAUGAACGUAUGCGGAGGAAGCGAGCCAUCAUUGCCCACCGAUGGACUUGGGAGCCCAAGCGUGGCAGCUUCCGACAGCAGCUGAACACGUGGUGGCAGAGCGUGCCGGAGGGCAGCCGGGUGGCUUAUGGCCUGAUUGCAGCUAAUGCAGUGGUCUUCCUGCUGUGGCGGGUGCCUCGGCUGGAGCCCAUUAUGCUGCGAUACUUUGUCUCCCAUCCAGCCUCCAAGCCCUUGUGCCUGCCGAUGUUCCUGUCGACAUUCAGUCACCACUCGUUGUUCCACCUGGCAGCCAACAUGGUGGUGCUGAACAGCUUCGCUCCUACAGCCGUCGCCUUGCUGGGGCGAGAGCAGUUUCUCGCCAUGUACCUGGCGCCGGGUGUUGUGUCGUCCCUUGCCAGCUAUCUGCACAAGGUUGCCACCCAGCGAGCUGCCAUGUCCCUGGGCGCGUCGGGAGCCAUCCUGGCCGUGGUGGGAGCCCUGUGCUUGCAGUACCCAGACGCACAGCUCAGCAUCCUCUUCCUGCCUUUCUUCACCUUCUCGGCUGCUGCGGCAUUGAAAGGUGUGUUGGUGUUUGACACGGCUGGUAUGCUGUUGCGGUGGCGCCUACUGGAUCAUGCGGCCCAUUUAGGAGGCACCUUGUUCGGCGUGGGCUACGUGCUGUAUGGCCAGGAGAUGUGGAAGCGCAGGGAGCCUAUCCUGAAGACGUGGCACCAGCUGCGCGAAGGCUGGGGUCGUGGAUGACGACCCGGGUGAAGGCACUGUUCGGUGUUGCAGGGUCACUCUGCUUCCUGGGUUACAGUAUAGUCUGUGGACACUUUACGAUUGAGCUACAUUUUACAAGCACGAAUAAAAAUGGAGUAUAUUUGUGGUGUACGUAA